AUUACAUAAAACAAAAAAUAAUGAUCAAAAAGAGAAAUUCAUUGAACAUUAUGGAGUUUGCAACUAGGCCACCUUCUGGUUGCACUAAUCCUGUAUAAUAGCAUCAUAAUUUAAUAGGAUGCACCGUCUCCAAUUAAAUUCAUUAGAAAACUGACGAGAUAAGCAUCGACAGUCAAUGGAUCAUCUACUAAAAUUUAGACUGUUGUCACACCCGUUCCUAAUAAAUCAUAGGAGGUGGUCCAACAAUGUAUUGCAAUAGUUGAAUAAAUCCGACAAUAGUAUCAGGAAAGGCAAGCAAGUAGGUUUUUUCAUAUUCGUUCGUGCUCCAUGCCUUGCGAUAGGGUGUCGAUUAUAGACUAAUUGAUCGACACUAUGUUGCCUCAGUCUCCGAGAAAACAACAAAGGUCAUUAGAGUAAGGUUUAUAAUUUUAUACAAAAAAGAGGAGAAAUACAGUCUGUAAUGAAUCUAUUGAUUGAGGAGAAACAACAAAAGCAAAAGGCAAUUGAUCAAAGGGAUAAUUUAACCAAGCGACAAGAUUAUGCCAUAAAACAAUUAGUAAGAAUUUUGUAUAUUAAUAGAAAUCUCGAAUUGAGCAAUUCAAAAAGUGAAUUGAGUAUAUGAUAAAAUUCAUUCAUUAUAUCUCAAAAAUGCG